AUGACUCCAACAAUCGCCUUCUUCGGCGCAACAGGCGGCUGCGCAAACGCCUGUCUAGCCUACACCCUGCGCAGCGGCUACAACGCCAUCGCACUCGCCCGCACCCCCGAAAAACUCACAACCCAACUCCUCACCCAACCAGGCAUAACCCAAGAAACCCUGGACACACACCUACGCAUCGUCCAAGGCGACGCGCGGGACAUCGAAACAGUGAUGAAAACGCUCAUCGUCACCUCAACCCCGCAAUCCACAACCCUCGUCUCCCUGAUCGUCUCGGGCAUUGGCGGCACCGGCGAACUAGUCCUGACCAAGCCGUCCCCCUGCGACCAGAUCCCGAUGCGCAUGCCGACAAUUCCGCACAUCGGCAUUCCAAACCCGCACAUCACGGAGGAAAGCACGACGGCGUUACUGGGCGCGCUGCGACGCAUUGCCGAUGAGCGGUUCGGGUCUUUCGCGGAGUACGCGGCCGUUGCGCCGCGGGUGACUAUUAUUUCGGGGGCGGGCAUUAAGAAGGGGAUUAAAGAUGUGCCGCUGCUUUUUAAGCCGUUGUAUGCGGCGUUGGAUGUGCCGCAUAAGGAUAAGAUGAAGAUGGAGAGGUUGUUGGGGGCGGAAGUUGAGAGGAGGGAGAGUUUGUUGUGUGGGGGGUUGGUUAUUGUGAGGCCUAGUUUUCUUGGUGGGGAUCAUAAGAUUGCUGAACCUGGGGCGGAUUCAGGGUAUAGGAAGUUGAGGGUUGGGACGGAGGCGAAGCCCGAGGUUGGGUAUACUGUUGGACGGGCUUUGAUUGGGGAGUGGAUUUAUCGCGAGGUUGUUAAGGGGGGUGGGGAUAAGUGGGUGGGCGAAGGGGUGAUCCUUACUGAGUAG